AUGUUGCUCAAACAAAUCGGUACCGUUCUGGCACGCACCGAAUGCCAACGGCGCCAUCGUUCUUUGGUCCAAUUGAGCCGCCACUUUGCCGCUGUUCCGUUGACCGAACCGGCUGCACCAUCCUUGAAAACCGAAGUUCCUGGACCAAAGUCAAGAGCACUGUUGCAACAGCUAAAUCAACUGCAGAACGCCAACUCGGUUCAAAUGUUUGUGGACUAUGACAAAUCGUUCGGAAACUAUCUGCAGGAUGUGGAUGGCAAUGUGCUACUAGACAUUUACACCCAAAUUUCGUCGGUACCGCUCGGUUACAAUCAUAAGGAGUUGCUGAAUGUCUUCCGGGAUGAUCAUAACCUUUCAGCUCUCAUCAACCGCCCGGCUUUGGGUGUGUUUCCCGGUGAAGAUUGGCCCAAUCGGUUGCAAAACGUGCUGAUGUCCGUUGCUCCCGUUGGGCUCGAUCACGUCACGACAAUGAUGUGCGGUUCGUGCUCGAACGAGAACGCUUUUAAGAAUAUUUUCAUCUGGUACCAGAAGAAGCAGCGCGGUGAAGCCACUCCAUUCACCGAGGCGGAGAUUCAAUCGUGCAUGAUAAAUCAAGUUCCCGGUGCGCCAAAACUUAGCAUCUUAAGCUUCCAUGGUGCGUUCCACGGCCGUACACUCGGGUGUCUGUCGACGACACAUUCGAAGUACAUCCACAAGAUCGAUGUACCAUCGUUCGAUUGGCCAAUCGCACCAUUCCCACAGUAUCGCUACCCAUUGGAGGAAAAUGUGCGCGAAAACGCUCAGGAAGACGCCCGUUGUUUGGCCGAGGUAGAGCGUCUGAUUGAACAGUAUGGCAAGCGGGGCGUUCCGGUGGCUGGUAUCAUUGUGGAACCGAUCCAGAGCGAGGGCGGUGACAACGAAGCUUCUCCCGAAUUUUUCCAACAGCUGCAGAAAAUUGCCAAAUCUCGCGGUAGUGCGCUGCUAAUUGAUGAGGUACAGACGGGCGGUGGACCGACCGGUAAGAUCUGGUGUCACGAGCACUUCAAUCUGCCGAGCCCACCGGAUGUGGUGACGUUCAGCAAGAAGAUGCAGCUGGGUGGAUACUACCAUGGCGCGCACAUGAAACCAUCGCAACCCUACCGUGUGUUUAACACCUGGAUGGGUGAUCCGGGCAAGCUGUUGCUGCUGGAGUCGAUUUUGCGCGUGAUAAAGCAGGAAUCGCUUUUGGAGAAUGUGCGUCGCACGGGUGACAAGCUGAAGCUGGGCUUGAUGCAAGCGCAGAACGAUUUCCCACAUCUUUUGAGUGCGGCACGCGGCCGGGGAACCUUCCUGGCGAUUAAUUGCGCAACACCAAAGCUGCGCGACGACAUUGUGGCAGCGCUUAAGCAGAAAGGAGUUUUGUCUGGCGGUUGUGGUGAUUUGAGCAUUCGCUUCCGUCCGGCACUUAUCUUUGGCGAGAAGCAUGUGGACAUCUUUUUGGACAAAUUCCGGCAGGUGCUGAAGGAGAUGAAGUAA